AUGGCAAGGAGAGACCAAUGUUUCUGUCCAAUAUGUGGCAAGGAUUUUGGGCUAGAGGAAUCCGAGGCAAUUGUUAGAGAUUCAGUUUUACAAAAGAAGUUUCAACAAUAUGCACCAGAUGGCUAUUUUUUUAAAGUAAACUUUGAUGAAGAGGCAAGAAAGAAGCGUGUUCCAUCCUCAUACGAAGUUGUUGUUUUGCGUGACAACAACUUAAGCAGCCUGGUUUCGUCUCUGUGUGCGCCAUAUGAAAAAAUUUCAUUUUGCCUUGAAUACCGUGCUUUAGAAGUACUAGCAUAUCCUGCUAUACGCUCAGAAUGUGAGCCCAGCACAAGCUAUAGUUCCGUGAAACUACAGCGAAGUUCAGCUAGAAUCUCUGUUAAGAGGGAACCAGAGUACCGUUCGACAGGCAGCGUUGAGGACUCAGUUUUUUUCAGACGCUAUUUUAAGGCGUCAGCCCUUACUUCACUUGAAGCCUUGCAGUCUUUAUUACAAAGAAUCUUGGAAUUGGACAAAUAUGGUUUCAAAGCACAUUUUUUGGAUAUGGAUGGCAGAAGUUUUUUAAACAGUAGAUGGUCUAUUCGUGAAAUUGGCUAUCUUUUCAACUGGGACAGAAGGAGUGUGCUAACGAUUUGGUUUACUUUACAGAAUGUUUCGCCAUUGCUUCUGCAAGAUAUCUCGCCUGAGAAAUCUGUGGUUCAUUCUGCAUUGCCAUGCGCUUCUAGGGAGAUGAGACCCAAACUGCUAGAGCCUUCUAAAGCAAGUACUGCCUGUUUAGAUCCAAGAAAAACUACGGGAAGUUGUAAGCGAACAGUUGCUGCUAAACCCAACAGCCGCAAGAAGUCCAGGCUACAAAGGAAAAAGGUGAGUAGAAAGGGCAAGGCAAAUUCAACAAGAAUUCAAAAAGCCCAGAAGCAUCCAAUUCAAGAUGACCCACUUGUUGUUGAAAGGGUGCAUUACAUAUUGGAACAUGGCCAUCCACCUCCAGAUCCUUCUUUUGGAAGUUCUAAACUUUGUGAUUCUCCUUGUUCUCUAAGUAGCCCAAGCGCUUCAUAUGUUUCCUCGGCUUUGAAUGAAGAUGAGCGAAAGAAUACUGAUCUUUCAAAGGAUCAUUCCAGUUUGAGUUUAAGAAAACAUCCUGGAGGAGUUUAUUCGUUAUCAGCUCGCACUGAUCGAUGUACUUCGUCCUUGUACCGAGUAAAGCAUAAAUCUUUGUUAUGUACCAGUACAACUGGAGUAACCUGCACGCGAAAAAGGUCUCAAACUUUAGAAGCCGUUAAGGUCAUUCCCAAAAAACCACCUGACGAAGAAGUUACAUUUCGAUCUUACGCAUUUGCUUGCCGUCGGGGAAAGCAUCUUGCAGAAAGACUUCGGCGGUUACUGUCUUGUGGGGUUGGCUUUUUCUAUAUUUUCUAA